CGCCGCCGCGCCAUGGCCGGCGUCAAGGCCCUCGCCCUGCUCCUCCUCCUGGCGCUCACCUUCUCCGCGCUCGCCGCCACCUCCCUCGCCGGCGGGGACCACCACAUGCAGCUCCACGGCCUCCUCUCCAGCUCCACCCGCGGGGAGUGCAGGGGCACCGUCGGCGAGUGCGGCGCCGACGGCGACGACACCGACGACGCCGACGACGCCGAGGGCGAGCUGGGCUCCGCGUCCGCCGAGUCGCACCGCCGCUUCCUGCAGGGCCGGGGCUACAUCAGCUACGGCGCGCUCAGGCGGAACCAGGUGCCCUGCAGCCGCCGCGGCGCCAGCUACUACAACUGCCGCCCCGGCGGCCAGGCCAACCCAUACCGCCGCGGCUGCUCCCGCAUCACGCGCUGCCGCGGCUAA